GGCAACCCAAUCACCCAAAUAUGUGUGGGUGGGCAACCCUUUGUGGUUCUGCUUGACACCGGGGGUUGGACACGAUGGAUCCCGUCCAGCAAGUCAAUAUCCGAAGUAUUUGCGAACAGAAACAAAUACGCUGCACCGCCCGAAACCAGCGUCUCCAUGAACCAAAUUUACGAGGCCAUUUAUAGCGGUCAGAAAUAUACAGGGAACGUGAUAAUGGAUGACUUUUGGCCUAAUAAUUCUACCAUAACAAUUAAAAAGCUUGCAGAUCGUUUGCUUCCGCAGAUCACGUUCGUCGAAAUGGUGAUUGGUCAUGGUGCUGUAGAUGGCAGAGAAGGACACGACGGGAUACUUGGGAUGAAGAAACCAUCGAAAAACGAUAAAGGCUACGAAUAUUUCAAAACCACAAUUUUGGAUCAUGUUUUGAAUGCGGGUAUUGUGAUGGACGCCGUUUUCACGUUCCGAUUUUGCGGUCAACAAGGCGUGCGCGGAGAUUCUUGGUUUACACACGGGAAUCUAGAAUUCGGUGGCACUCGGAUGGGUUACUUCCAUCCGCCAAUGGUGCGUUUGCCACUGUUUCAAGCAACUCAGUGGUUGGUCGACAUCACUAGUCACCAUGCCUAUGAUAUGGAAAGGAACAAUAUUUAUUUCAUAAAGAACACUACUAACAAGGUUGCCGAAAGCUCUUCGAAAGCCCACAGCCGGUUUCGCCUUUUUUUGGGGGCUUACCAGAUCAAUAUAAUUCUCGCCACUAUUACUAAUUUCAGCAUACAAUAUGGUCAUGUGGUGUUAUGCAAUCCGUGCCGCGCACACAUAGACACAGGAUCUUCGGAAACGUUUGCACCAGUGGGGGCGUUAGAUGAACUUGUGAAGCACUCGGUUGUGGAGAGACAUGAUAAUGGGGUAUUGCACGUUGGUUCCGAAAACCUGCACCGCCUCAAGCCACUAAAGGUAAAGCUGCACUCCCACGUGUUUACGCUGCGGCCGCAAGAACUUACGAGACUCACCGCCGGAUAUAAUUAUUUUGCAAUACAAGUGGAUGCGGACGUCACUCAGACAGCUUGGACUAUGGGAGUAUCGCUAUUGCGACAAUUCUACUUAUUGUUUGACCAAACGAAUAAUCAAGUGGGGUUCGCCGCAGUGAAAUGCUGA